GGGCGCAUGAUGUUGUUUCUCAUGGAUUUGACAGGUUCACAGCAUCGAGCCUGGCUGACGUUCGGAGACUGCUCCGUAAAACGACCGUGGAUCCAUCCAUCCAUGAGUUGGAACCUCAACCGGCACAUGACAUUCAUCCAUCGUGCAAGGCACCGUCCGAACUCACGACAAGGCGAUCGCGUCCAUUCUACACUUCACUUCGCUAUGUGAUUACGAGGUAAAUUCUAAAGCGCUGCAACCUGCCAUAUCGUACCGUCCAUGACCCUUCCAAUGCCGUUCUCGCCAGCUGCAUCGUGGGCUGUGUACAAGGACAAGCUAAGGAAUGUCUUCCAAGGCGCCGACCCUCGGGUCAUGACAGCCUUCUGGCUCUUCGGCCUGAUCAACAAUGUGCUGUAUGUGAUCAUCCUGACCGCAGCGCUCGAUCUCGUCGGCACAUCCACACCCAAGGGUGCGGUCCUCCUGUUCGACGUGAUACCGUCCUUCCUGACCAAACUCACGGCGCCAUACUAUAUUCACUCCAUACCAUACCCAGUCCGGAUAUUCAUAUUCGUGGCACUAAGCACGGUCGGAAUGCUGCUGAUUGCGCUGAGCCCACAAGAUCAAUCACCGUCCACAAUCAGCAUCAAGAUGUCUGGGGUGGUGCUCGCCAGUCUAAGUUCUGGAGGAGGGGAGCUGAGUUUCCUGGGGCUGACUCAUUACUAUGGGCACUUCUCACUUGCUGCGUGGGGCAGCGGGACCGGUGGAGCGGGCUUGGUGGGCGCAGGACUAUAUGCACUGGCGACGGAUGCAUGGGGCUGGAGCGUGAAGACAGCCCUACUGGUCAGCGCCUUUAUGCCAGUGAUUAUGCUAGCAAGCUUCUUCGUACUAUUACCAAGAGACCCCUUGAAGCUGUGGAAGGGAGAAGAUGGCGGAUACAAAAGAGUCGAGGAGGGCCCCGACGACGACGCUGCUGACGAUACAUUCGGAGAAAGAGAAGGCCAAGGGCUGCUGAGCGAUAGUGUAGUGUCGACCUCUGGUCGAAGCUUCAUGUCCCUUAGUGGGAGCAGUGCGAGGAGCCAGCGCUCCAAGGCGGCGGAAGACAUACUCUCAAACUUCAAGUCGAAUCUGAAGCGUGCUCGGGGACUAUUCAUUCCAUACAUGCUCCCACUUCUGCUGGUGUACAUUGCUGAGUAUACCAUAAAUCAAGGUGUGGCGCCGACCCUCCUGUUUCCCCUAAAGUCAUCUCCUUUCAGCGCGUUCCGCUCCUUCUAUCCCACCUACAACGCCAUCUACCAAGUCGGGGUCUUCGUGUCACGGUCGAGUACACCGUUCUUGCGCGUCCAUCAUCUCUACUACCCGUCGUUUCUGCAAGUCGCGAAUCUGUUGCUGCUCACGGCCCACGCCAUCUGGGACUUCAUCCCGUCCGUCUGGAUCGUUUUCGCAAUCGUCUUCUGGGAAGGCUUACUGGGUGGGUUGGUGUAUGUGAAUACGUUUGCAGAAAUCACCGACAACGUGCCGCGCGAAGACCGGGAGUUCAGUCUGGGUGCGACGACGGUAAGCGACUCGGCGGGAAUAUGCAUUGCAGGAUUCUUGAGCAUGGGCGUCGAGGUCGCUCUCUGUGGAUACCAGGUCCGGCAUGGCCGAGACUAUUGCAAGAGGACAUGACGGACAUGCUGACGAUAGCACGGGAGCUGGCCUGUGUGGGUACAACAAGCCCACAGUGUAGACUAUAGUCACCGUUCGGUGCGGUACGUACGGACGGUACGUAAGACGCGAGGUUUAAAUCUCUUGCAAUCAUGUUACCUGCGGCCUGCGAUGGAGAAUGUGAGUAGCACAGUCCACAGUGACGAGUUUGGCGGGUCCAUG